CUCCGAGUUCUGUCAUGGCUGCGUCCAACACUCUAUCCAGUGUAGAGGAAGAGGAUGCUAGGGUUUUUGUUGGCGAGACAAGCUGGAUUGGAAGACCCUCUUCGCCUACGAAGAGUGGAGUCCACACGAAGGGUUUUGGGACUGGAGUUGAAUAAAGACAGAGAUAUUGAAAGGAUCCAUUGCAAUGGCGUUAACACCCUGGACAUUGAACCUGUUGAAGGGAGAUACAUGUUAUCAGGUGGUUCAGAUGGUGUGAUUGUUCUUUAUGAUCUUGAGAACUACAGCAGACAACCUUAUUACACAUGUAAAGCACUGUGUUCUGUUGACAGAAAUCAUCCUGAUGUUCACAAAUAUAGUGUGGAGACUGUACAGUGGUAUCCUCAUGACACUGGCAUGUUCACAUCAAGUUCAUUUGAUAAAACUCUGAAAGUAUGGGAUACAAAUACAUUACAAACUGCAGAUGUAUUUAAUUUUGAAGAAACGGUUUACAGUCAUCAUAUGUCUCCAGUUGCCACCAAGCACUCUUUGGUAGCAGUUGGUACUAGAGGACCCAAAGUACAACUUUGUGACUUAAAGUCUGGAUCCUGUUGCCACAUUCUACAGGGUCACAGGCAAGAAAUAUUGGCAGUUUCCUGGUCACCACGUUAUGAACAUAUCUUGGCAACUGCAAGUGCCGACAGUAGAGUGAAAUUAUGGGAUGUGAGGAGAGCAUCAGGAUGUCUGAUUACUCUUGAUCAGCAUAAUGGGAAAAACUCACAAGCUGUUGAAUCAGCAAACACUGCUCAUAAUGGGAAGGUUAAUGGCUUGUGUUUUACAAGUGAUGGGCUUCACCUCCUCACUGUCGGUACAGAUAAUCGAAUGAGGCUCUGGAAUAGUUCCAGUGGAGAGAACACACUAGUGAAUUAUGGAAAAGUUUAUAAUGACAGUAGAAAAGGACUGAAAUUUGCUGUCUCCUGUGGCUGCAGUUCAGAAUUUGUUUUUGUGCCAUAUGGUAGCACCAUUGCUGUUUAUACAAUUUACUCAGGAGAACAGAUAACUAUGCUUAAGGGACAUUAUAAGAGUGUUGACUGCUGUGUAUUUCAAUCUAAUUUCCAGGAACUUUAUAGUGGUAGCAGAGACUGCAAUAUUCUUGCUUGGGUACCAUCCUUAUAUGAACCAGUUCCUGAUGAUGAUGAGACUACAAGCAAAUCACAGUUAAAUCGAGCAUUUGAAGAUGCCUGGAGCAGCAGUGAUGAAGGAUGAAGAUCAAUCCUAAGUACCUUUGCAUCUCUAUUGAUGAAAUUUUUUUAAAUGGGACUUUUUUUUUAACUGUUCAGUGAAAGCUAAGUUAGCCCUGAAUUUGGGUGUUUUUCCCCCCAUGUUUUAAAAUGAGGUUAAUAUUUGUACAAGGUCCUGAAACUGACUUAUAUAUAAUUUCUUUAAUUAAAACAUGUCUCUUGAUCCCAGUUGCUGUGGCCUGGGAUGGCCCCUAUUGCUAUAGUCCAAGGAGACAAGUCAUGGCACCCACAUGUGGGACCUGGAGCAGACUCUGAACUGUGAGACGCUAUCUCUACAGAUGUGCAAGUGGCAGUUAACAGCACUGGCUUUCUCCUACUGGCUAUGUCAUCAGCCUGUUCGUUUUCAGUUUCAAGGAUGAUUUUACUGAGGGUGAUUAUACCAAAAAUAAUAGCUGGAAAGUUAGCAUCAAAAAUGUUUUAUUCUUUCUCAUUCAUGUAUCCAGUUUUUGCAAUGAUUUAAUUUAGUUUACUAUUGUCUAGCCUUAUGUUAAAUAUUUUUGGAUUCAGUUCCACAAUCCAAAAAGUGCAUCACAAGAAUCUUUUUAACUUGGGAGAACCCUAUGUGUUCUUUAUUUUAAUGCAUCAGGUGGCAGCUUGUACUCACACUUGAACCUCCUUUCUCUGAACCGUGUUAAGAUGUGACCAAGUCUUACUUCAUUCAUCAAGGCAAAAAGUGUCCUGACAGGGGAUCUGGGUUAAACAUGAACUGUUAACCAUGAAAUUUCUGUUUUGCUGUCUACUCUUACUGUGUUAUAACCCAGAAGUUAUUAUCAUGAAGCUAAUUUUACAUUUCCUUUGUUCCUGGAUGUUAUCAGCAGGAGACUAAUAAAAGAGGUUUUUGUGAGCUCAAAUUCCAAAUA